AUGUUUUUUUUUUCUCUGGCCUAUCUUCAUGCGCGCCAGGUCUUGCACCGUGAUGUCAAGACCAGCAACAUCCUCCUCGACGAAGAGUUCCAUGUGAAGCUGGCUGACUUCGGGCUGUCCCGGCUGUUCGCUGCCGAUGCCACCCACGUCUCGACGGCGCCGCAGGGCACGCCGGGAUACGUCGACCCGGCGUACCACCACAGAUACCAGCUCACCGACAAGAGCGACGUCUACAGCUUCGGCGUGGUGCUCGUGGAACUCAUCUCCUCCAGGCCGGCGGUGGACAUGACCCGGGCCGGCGCCGACGUGAACCUGGCCUGCAUGGCCGUGCGCAUGAUUCAGUGCUGCGAGAUAGACCGGCUGGUGGACCCACGGCUCGGGUACGGGUCGGCGAGCGAGACGAUGAAGACGGUGGACCUCGUGGCCGAGGUAGCAUUCCGGUGCCUGCAGCCGGAGCAGGACGUGCGGCCGUCCAUCAGUGAGGUGCUGGACGUGCUUAGAGAGGCGCACCAGAGGAUGAUGGAGAAGGAAGGCUGCGCCAAUAGGGAUGACAUAGUGUUGCUGAAGAAGAGCAGGGACGGCUCUCCUGACUCCGUCAUGCACCAGUGGAUCAGCCCAGCCACGACCUUUAAUCACAGCACCUGACACUAGCAGUUCACCAAGUUAAUAUCUGGACAUAUGUUGAUCUAUGCAUCUAAUUUACUGGGAACUACAUCUGUACUUA